AUGCCGGCGCUGCCACGGGACAGGGCGCUGCCAACUUGGGCGCAGCGCCCUGACCCGCGGUACCGUCCUGUCCCGCGGCAGCGCCGGCCUCGCGCUGCACCCUCCUCAGCGCAAAGUGGAGCGUCCUGGCGCCCAGUGAUCACAUACACAAUGAAUGGCUACUGCGGAGUUGACCUCAUAUUCAACGUCGUCCAUCACACCAUCAAAGUCAACAAUCCAAUUUUGGGGGAUAACCUCCAGUCACCGGAGAGUAACAGCUGUGCCAACAUGCCCCCUCCACGACUCCUGCGGGGACCUUAUAAAAAGUGGAUUCAGUCCGAGGGUCGUCUGCCUCGAUCGACAAAGUUUAACAGAAAAGCAAAGGUACCUAUGAUUAACCCCAGCCAGUCUGACUCUGUGGUGACAGCAUCUGAUCCACAUGAGAGCACUGAGGCGGUUCCCAUGGGACAUUCUGACUGCCCUGUAGUGAUGGAGUCUCAAUCUGAUUUUUCUGAAUCAGAUGAUGGGAUGGAGAUGGACUCCACAAUAAACCCAAAUCGUGGGUCUGCUGCAGCCAUGGAUUCUGAUUUCGAUGAUGGCACAGAGACAAAUGAAGAAAUGAUGUAUACAGGUGCGACAUUGACACAGGGACAGGGCCUCCUUGCUGUUAUGCUGUUUGCUCUACGUCAUCAUCUAACUGGAGCUGCCUUGAGUGACUUGCUGGGUUUGAUCAAUUUGCUCAUCCCUAACCUGGUCCCUGCAUCAAAGUAUCUCUUCAAGAAGUUUUUUGGUGAUCCAACUUUGUCAAGUGUGUAUCAUUAUUACUGUGAGGCCUGUCAAAAUUACAUAGGGAAGAAUCCUGAUGAUCAAUUAUGUUCACACUGUGGCACACCCUUCAACACUAAAACUAAUGCCAAAAAGGGAAACUUCUUCUUAUCUAUACCACUGAAGGACCUCCUAAAAGACACUCUUGAGAACCAUGGCACCGACUUAACACCUAAAACUGUUAGGCAUGCACAUGAUAACAUUACGGAUUUGAUGGAUGGGAAGAUGUACCAGAAGAUGCUCAAACAUGGGAAACUGGCAGAAGAUGAUCUUACACUCUUGUGGAACUGUGAUGGGGUACCAGUCUUUAACUCAUCCAAUUAUUCAAUUUGGCCACUUCAGUUUACAAUAAAUGAACUCCCCUGUAUUCAGAGGAAAGAGAAUGUGAUGGUUUCGGGACUUUGGUUCGGCCCUGAAAAACCAAGGAUGGACACAUUUUUAAAGCCAUUUGUUGAUGAAUGUUGUGAUCUAGCCCAAAACCCAUUUGAAUGGAAAGACAGACAGGGCACCACUCACUUCUCCAAAGUGUUCUCUUUGGUUUGCUCCUCUGACGCUGUUGCCAGGCCAGUGCUCCGGAAUUGUAAACAAUUCAACGGGGAGUAUGGUUGUGACUGGUGUCUACAUCCAGGAGUUGUUAUGCCAAAAGGGAGGGCGUUCCACAGCCUUGGGGCAGCAGAGGAAAAGGCCCGAUCACCCAUGGAACGAAGCUUGGUUCUUGGGGCUUGGAGGGUGAUUGAGCUUGCUGAGCGGAGGAGAUCCCAAUGA